CUGAGCUGCAUUCCUGCCCUUCGUUCACAAUGGGAGGAGGACCACGAGUUCGUUAUCCCAAGCAUGUCUGGUCUCCGGCCGGCGGCUGGUACUGCCAGCCUGCGAAUUGGAAAGCCAACACAGCCAUUAUGGGUGCGGUAAUCUUCGGAAUAUCGGCUAUGGCAUUCAGCUUGAGCGCUGAACGAGAAUUUCGAACAAAGUUCCCUGAGCCGGGCAGGUUCUUCCCAAGCAGAUGGUGGAGCAAACAAAUUAUCGAACACGAAAGACAACAAUCGGCGAAGGAGUCCUCGUGA